AUGCCAAUGUUAUUUGCCAAUCGCUUCCGUCUUCGUCGUCCACUCAGUGACGCAUUGUAUGGACCCGUGGGACUCUACGAAGACGCACACUGUGGCAAUGAGCUCGUGGCCAUCAAACAGGUGUCACUAUCACGGGCCGUAGCAUCAUUACGUCUCAAUCCCAACAUGGACAACCCUUGGAGCGAACAUCGCGUGGUCUCACACCUCAUGACACUGCCACCUCACGUCAACAUUGUGCACUUCCACGAUGAGUUUUUGCACGCCCAAAACACGUGGUGUGUCGUCAUGGAGUUUUGUCCCGGUGGCGAUCUGUGGAGUUUACUGGAGCACGCCCCAAAGAACCGACUGCCGGAGGUCAUGACGCAGCAGCUUUUCCUUCAGUGUGUACGUGGUGUGCAAUUCCUGCACGCACACGGCAUUGCACACCGUGAUCUGUCACUUGAGAACGUCUUUUACUGCCGUGGUGUGUGCAAGAUCGGUGACUUUGGACUGAGUACAGACGUACCACUCCGACGCAGUGGUGAAGUGGUGGGUAAGGCCUAUUACAUGGCACCAGAGGUGGUCAAUGAGGAAAAAUACGACGCCUUUGCAGCGGACAUGUGGUCGCUUGGUAUCAUGCUCUUUAUUAUGCUCACGGGUUCACCACUUACGUCCAAUGCAUCACGUGAGAACAAGGCGUUCUUGGCGUUUUCUGAACUGGGUGUAGCCAAGGUCAUUGACUCGUGGGGACUAUCGGAUCGGAUAUCGCCGACUACAAUUGGACUCCUGAGCAAGCUACUGAGAGUCGACCCAGUGGAGAGACCGACGGCUGAAGAGCUACUGGAAUUGACCGAGUUUAUAGUGACGAAGCAGUGA